CCGAUUCAUUUUCCUAUUAAACAAAGAAGGCUGGAGACAGUGAUUUAUUAAACAACAAUUCACUGUUCUGACGUCACAACUAUUACGUCAUAGCGUCAAACGGCGUAACGGCGCGCUGGAAAAGAACCCGAUUGAAAACGGGCAAAUAUUUAAUGCAAGCCGACAAGUAAACAGCAACGCACAGUCCAGCGAACAGAGAACAGAAUUAUGGAUGAAAAUCCGGGAAAAAUACAGACAAGAAUGGAAAUAUGAAAUCAACUGAACAUUCAUCAUACCGCAGCUUGUCUGGCACAGAAAGAGGCAAUGAUUUAAACAUCACUUAUAGUGCUGCAUCCUUUGACUCUUCUGUGUCAUUGCCGACUUCUUUAGAUGGGAAUGCGCCUUACAAAAAUACCAAAACUGAAAACGCUGAUAAAAAUAACAUAUCUGAAAAUGAGGCAACUUCCUGUCCAUCACGCUGCCAGUGCAACGCUAUUGUGAGCUCUUUUGUGCGAUAUCUACGAGAAGAGGCCAACUGCAAGGUUUAUGAUACGCAUGAUGCCGUUUCCCGCGAAGGUGAUCAUCCAAAAUGCGAGGCUCGGUCACAAAAAGGCAGCGAACUAACCAUGUCUAACAGUUCUUCCUCCUCCGUCGCAUCUGUGUCAUUGCCGGCAAUUUCAGUCAACAGUGUAGACCUGAGUGCGCCUGUCAACUUAAUACCGGAGCCUAUUGUGAGCAUUUUUGUGCAAUAUCUACGAGAACAGGCAAAGUGCAAGGUUUUUGACGCAUUUACCCGCAAGUCUGAUAAUUUGGAAGAGUGGGUUUAUAUAUCAGUCGAGCCACAACAAACUUUCGAUAUUUUGCCAUGUUGA